AUGGGUAAUACGUGCAAAAAUAUUUGUAAAUAAUAAAUAGCAGAAAAAGAAUUUAAUAUUAACUCAAUUAAAAAAGUAAAGUUAAAAAAGAAGUAAGAUUCAAGUAGAGAUUCAAAAACUGAUCCAUAUUGUUCACCAUAAUCUUUAAUGAAAGAAGAAUCAAUAGGAGAUGAGUCUAAAAUUAGUCAUUAUUAAUAAGAUUAUCCUUAAUUUGUUCUUACAAAGGAAAUCAAUGGUAUUAUUAUACCAACUGAUAGAUAAAAUCGUUUUUUAAAUGAUUCAGAAUUGGAAAUAAAGUAUUUAAUACAUCAGAAGUAUAUUAUAAAUUAAAUAUAAUAAGGUGGUUAAAAGAAUAAGAAUAAUUAUAAAAAGAAUUUGAUAUAUAAAAGGAAUUACAAAUAGAGAAUAGAUAAUAAUUAGAAAUAGAUAUAUCCAAUUAAGAAUUAAAAAAUUAAUUUUCUUUCUAAAAUUCAUAUAAGAUUGAAUAAACAUAUGUUUAAUCAGCUUCUAAUCCUUAUUUACCUAGAUAAACAUCGUAAUUUGCACCUAAAAAAGCAGAUUGUGACACACUUUCAUAAAAAUCUCAAAUUUCUAAAAGUCCAACGACUUCAUUAAAAGAUUAAUAAGUGUUAUUAUAAAGUGAUAUGAUAAGAAAAAGUGCCUUAAAAAAGUUAAAAUAAAGUAGGGAAGAAAUAGCAAGUAAUAAUGCUAGUAUAGGUACUUCUAAAAAGGGGAUAAAAAAGAAAUAAUAAUAAGAUUCAUUUGAAAAGUUGUUUAGUGAAUGCCAUUCUUUAGAUGAACAUAGUCAAAGUGGAAGUCAUAAAACAAUUAGAAGUGUAAAAAGUAUAUUAAAAAAGAAUAAAUCAUAUUCUUAAAGUUUAUCAGUGAGAAAGAAUACAAUAAAAUCAACUCAUACUGUUUUUUAUAAUAAAUAGACUAAAAAAGUUAGAUUUUCUAAUGAUACUAAUUUCAAUAAUGAAAGAAAAGGAUUUUCUAUAGUAUAAAGGAAUUGGUGGGAAUGGUGA